AAUCACAAUCACAAUCACAAUCACAAUCACAAUCACAAUCACAAUCGCAAUCACAUUCACAUUCACACACACAUUCACACCGACAGAGACAGAGAGAGAGCAAGCAAGCCAGAGCAAGAGAUCCACUCCUCCUUCGUCAGUCCGUCACCUUUUGUCUCUGGUUGUUAUUGUCUGUCCUCCCUCCAAUGCUUGGUCCCUUUUUCUUUGUACCCCUGUCUCUUUCUUUUUGUUCUCUCCCAACAAGGCUUUACCGAUUCAUUUCAUCCCUCCAAGCUACUACUCGUCUGAUAGUCGAAACGCCUCUUCUUUUUUUCUCUUUUCUUUGGCCCCUUCAUACCCCAUCCUUCAUACCUCUCUCUCACACUCACACCCCCACACCCCCACACACACACCUCAGUUGAACCGUCAGUCGACAGGUCUAUUCAUCUCCAUACAAUGUCUCGACGAAUGUCUGAAACGGCGUCGAUUAAGUCGUUCGAUAGCAUCCCAACCAUGGCCGAUGUCGAGGCCACCCUGGGUUGUGUCGACAUGAACCAGCGUUACGAACUCUUUUCUGGGCGAUUGGUCUCCUUCGCAGAGGUCGGCCAUCCCUGCGGACACCCUGUCUUUUGCUUUCUGGGCUUGGGCUGUAUGCGCUAUUAUUCAAUCAUCCUCGAAGAUCUGGCAUUCAAACACUCGCUAAGGAUCUAUUGCAUCGAUCGACCCGGCGUGGGCAUGUCUCAACCUAUGGAAUCAGAGUCGUGGACGCCCCUCAGGAUGGCAGAAAUCGUGGAGGAGAUGGCAAACGGAUUCAACAUUCAAAAGUUCUCGUUGAUAGGGCAUUCAUGUGGAGCCAUCUAUGCCAUGGCAUGUGCGCUGCGACUCAAACCCAGGAUCGUGGGCACAGUGUGGUUGAUGUCGCCCUGGGUGCACCUGACAGUCGCCAAGCGGAUGAAAUGGAUCAGACACGUACCCACGACUCUGUUGAAAUCUCAGGGCACCGCCGGUUUGCUCUACAAAUCGCUCUCGGUUGCAGCCAAGGAACCACCAAGCAAAUCGGACCCCAACAUACUAAACUACGACCGGGAGAAACUGGUCAAGGCGAUGCUUCAGGACAACAUGGUCGAGAGUCUGGAAGGGGCCAACAACGAUCUGAUGGUCUGUCUGGAGCUCUAUCAUUCAUUCGGGUUUAGCUACAAGGAUGUUACUCUUCCGGUACAUGUCUUUUGGGGCACCAAGGAUGCUGUGAUUUCAAAGGAGGCGGUAGACUGGAUGGAGCAAAAGCUGCCGCAAUGCACCCUCAGCGUGAUUGAGGGUGGCACGCAUGGACUGUUAUGGCGUGCCGAUAUUGUCUCGCAGAUCUUCAAGGGCAUCGCCUCGUCAUGGAAGCUCGCAGAGUUUGAACGGGCCCUCACCCAACGAUGGUCGAUCAAGCAGCUCGGACUCAACAAACACCAAUCCUACCGGAGCAGCACUUAUAGCGCCAAUCUGCAGCAGGCGAUCCAGACGAGCAAUAUCUACGAUACCCAAGAAACGCUUUAUCAACCUCAGCAGAUUUUCGAUGACCCUGAUCGAUUCUGAUGAGCUGUAAUGAUGGGUCCAUGUCGUUCUGUGUUUUCUUUGCUCCCUUGUUGCUGCUUUCAUCUU